GCUACCUUGGCAGUGAUCUCAGGAAACUGGUCAGCCAAAAGGUAAUCAAUAUAAUGAUUGGUCCAUUUGUUUUCUAUGUGUUUGGCCACCUCUCAAGAUAUCACCUAAUUCAGCAGGAGGGUUCCUGAGAUGUACACAGCUUUGCAAGUGAGGAAAAUACCUUCCUGCCCCACCCCACCCCCCACAAGGCUAUGCCAUGGCCAGAUGUACUUUACCCUGCUCUACACAAAGAAAAACUAUGAACCAUCUCGCCUGUCAUUAUUUGCUUUGACCAGAAGUUUAUUUCCAGAAGUUAUGGAUGAGGGUCGGCCUCCUUGAAUCCUGAAACCAGGAAUCCUUUUUAAUUGUUGGUGCUAAGGACCGAACAUUGUCCUGGGAUGUAUUCUGCUUUUUGCGGGUUGGGGAUUCAAAGUUUAGAGAUGAAGAAUAUGCAUUACGUGCAGUGGGCUGCAUUUAACUAACCAGAAUGGAAAAUGUAAGCUAGGGUUGAACCUCUUGGCAGCCCAGCUAAGACCAACCAGCUAACCAGCCAACCAUUUUUUUUAUCAAGUGAAAGGCUAGAGGGGGUAUAGAGUGUUUCAUCGUGCCUCUGUAAGACUGCCUUGGCUUCUGUGCUAGUCAAGGAGAAAGAAGCUCUACAGUGGUACCUCGGGUUACAUACGCUUCAGGUUACAGACUCCACUAACCCAGAAAUAUUACCUCGGGUUAAGAACUUUGCUUCAGGAUAAGAACAGAAAUCGUGCAGCGGUGGCGCAGCAGGAGGCCCCAUUAGCUAAAGUGAUGCUUCAGGUUAAGAACAGUUUCAGGUUAAGAACGGAUCUCUGGAAUGAAUUAAGUACUCAACCCGAGGUACCACUGUACUGUAUUCUCUUUGCAGCUAGCGUAGAAAAUGGGGGGGGGGGGGGACUGGAGAGAAAGGACUAACUUACAUGGACUUAUUAGGCACUUAUGUCUGUUGAACACUUGACAUUGGACUACUGUGGGGCUACCUUUGAAGGUGACCCGGAAACUACAACUAAUCCAGAAUGCAGCAGCUAGACUGGUGACUGGGAGUGACCGCCGAGACUGCUAACACUGGUCCCGAAAGACCUACAUUGGCUCCCAGUAUGUUUCCGAGCACAAUUCAAAGUGUUGGUGCUGACCAUGAAAGGCCAUGAAACGGCCUUGGCCCAGUAUACCUGAAAGAGCGUCUCCACCCCCAUCGUUCACACUGAAGUCCAGCGCCGAGGGCCUUCUGGUGGUUCCCUCACUGUGAGAAGUGAGGUUACAGGGAACCAGGCAGAGGGCCUUCUCAGCUGUGGCGCCCACCCUGUGGAACGCCCUUCCAUCAGAUGCCAAGGAAAUAAACAACUAAACAACUGAAAUAGACAUCUGAAGGCAGCCCUGUUUAGGGAAGUUUUUAAUGUUUGAUGUUUUAUUGUGUUUUUAAUAUUCUGUUGGGAGCCGCCCAGAGUGGCUGGGGAAACCCAGCCAGAUGGGCGGGGUAUUAUUAUUAUUAUAAUUAUUAUUAUUAUUAUUAUUAUUGACUUGACUGUUCUCUGCCCACCAAAAAUUACCUGAAUACAGCCCAGUAUGAUAUUCAGCCUCUGGCAUUUCCAGCUGAGCAUCCAUCCCAACUUAUCUGCCUGGAGGUUAUACACCAUUGCUCUUUGCUGAGCAUUAAUUCAGUUUGCGUGAGGGUUAUAUGCCGGCAUCUAACCAACGUUGCUGUUAUCCUACAGUUUCCAUUGCUAUUUUCCCAACACUUUUUGUCUGGGGUAGGAGGCAAGCAUGUUUCCCAACGGCGCCAAAUCCAUUUAAACUGAGCAACUUGCAUUGGCUGGUGGGUAUCAACAUGCACACACAUGUUAAGAACAUGUAAGAAUUGUUGGGGGUGGGAAUCACACCAAAGAUCGGUCACAGUAUAGCAGUUGGGUGCUGCUGGGGAGCUCAGAAGCAGGGCUUUGACGACAGCAGUAGUAUCUUGUCUGUAAUCUGCCCUGGGUGCUUUCUAACUAUCAACUGGAUUUUAACUGGGAAGCCCCUUUGCGAAUCAGUUUUGACUGCGAAGUGGGACUCAAGUAAGAGGCAUCAUACACCUUUUUUUAAAAAAGAAUAAACUAAUGAGCAAGCAUUAGUAUUGUCCUAUAAAAGGGUAAAUAAUAAUAAUAAUAAUAAUAAUAAUAAUAAUAAUAAUUUAUUUAUACCCGGCCCAUCUUGGCUGGGCUUCACCAGCCCCUCUGGGUGGCUUCCAACAAAAUAUUAAAAUACCGUAAUGCAUCAAACAUUAAAAGCUUCCCCAAAUGAUACGAAUGCUCUCUAUUCAUGGUUUCAUAACAGUGACCCACUCCCCACCCCAAAAUAAUGUGGUCUACAAAAAUGGAGACAGGAGAGCAUUGCUGUGGAGCCAGACUUCUGGGGUUAUUCGUUUGCUCUCCUGGGGGGGUGGGCGGUCAGGCGCUCGUAAUCAUUAGGCUAAGCCCCUAAAACCUGAUUGCCUCCUCCUCCCCAUUAGAUUGGCAAACAGCUUAAGCAGCAGGAGCCGAGAUAGGCCUGGCUAUAUAAACUUUCCCAGGCAUCCUCCCUGGACCAAUCUCCCUUGCCAACUCUCCUUCAGCCAGAGCCAUCGGUCAUCCAUCCAUCGUGGUCGUGAUGAGGAACCAGCUUUGCCUUCUCGUCUUCCUCCUCUGCCGUUUGUCUGCGGUGCAAGGCUCCAUCUGGGCAUGGAUGCACUCUCUGCCACACGCUGCCAAUGGGGUGCCACCUCGCAGGGACCCCGGGUCAUCAUCCGGCCAGGAGGUGACGGUAAGCAUCUUCCCCCAACCUUUUAAAAACAGGUCAUCUUUGCCUUUUCAUCAUGUGGGCUGUCUAGCUUCUAGCAAUGAGGAGGGAGGGCAAGUGAGUGGAGUGGGGAAUCUGUCCUAUUAGUCCUGGGAUAGGGAGCCUGUGGCUCUCUGGGUGUCGCUGGCCUCCAAUUCCUUUCGCCCCCCCCAUAUCAUUUGGCCACUUUGGGUGGGGCUGAUGGGAUCUGAUGGGAUUCAACAGCAUUUGCAGGGCCACACCAUUAAUCUGGCAGCAACUUGACUCCCACAAAUCUGUUUCCAGCUCCAGCCCUCACCUAGGCACUUCCAGUGUAGUUAUAAAGCAGAGAGUGCUUCUGAGCAUGUUCAGAGUGCCAGACUUCUAGAAGAUAGAGGAGGUGCAAGAGGAGAGGUGGAGUCAUAGGGAGAGUGUGUGCAGGAAUUAAGAGGAAGACUAGAUUGCACUGAGCUGAGCUCUGAUAAAUUAGCUCUGAUAAUUUUUUUAAGAAGGCGGCUCUGAGUUCAGGUCCACCUGGAAGCCGUACUAGAAGCCCUCUUGUUGAACCCACAUAAGUAGGGUGCUGGUUUUAGUUGCUCUGGAGUGAGAGAUUUGUAGACACAGAGGUCACCUGGUCACAGAUUUUCCCACUAAAAAGAGAUGCAUUGUAUUUUUGAUUUGAAUUAUAUCAAUGAUUUCUAAAUUUGCAUCUGUAUGGAUGAGCAUAUCCUUCUUUUUUUGCAAAUAUGUUACCUGUUUUGUCCUCUCUCUUUUUUUGGCAAACACAAGCAGCCACCCUAACGGGGAGUGAUGACUAGCAAAUCUAUCUUACACUUCCACAUUUAGGCUUGCCCUGUCUCCAAAAGUAAAAAUCAGGACACAGUUGAGCUUUUUUUUUUGUAAAACUUGAGUUUUGGAGCUUUUAAAAAGGCAUUUCCAUCACAAUUUACGGUAACCCCUGUCACCAGUUUUCCAGGACAUUUGCCUGAUUUCUGAAAAAUAAUCCAGGAGGCCAUUUUUGGAGGCAAAUUGCAGGACAUGUCCUGGAAAAUCAGGACGUAUGGCAGCCCUACCCACAUGCAUCUACAAAGUCCAGUGUGGAUGCCAUUUUUUGUGGGUGUUAGUUGGUGCUCCCUAAGAGCUGGAAUCUCUCUCCAAAGGACCCAGCCUCUGUGCAAAUUUCAGCAAGCUUCAAACUGGUAGUUCUGUCCAGCUUUUCUGCCAUUGACUCUAUCAGGCUGCUGGAAAUCCUUUGCCAGCUGCCGCUGCCAUUCUUUAAAGCAUGGGUAGGCAAACUAAGGCCCAGGGGCCGGAUCUGGCCCAAUCGCCUUCUAAAUCUGGCCCGCGGACGGUCCAGGAAUCAGUGUGUUUUUACAUGAGUAGAAUGUGUUCUUUUAUUUAAAAUGCAGCUCUGGGUUAUAUGUGGGGCCUGCCUGGUGUUUUUCCAUGAGUAGAAUGUGUGCUUUUACAGUGGUACCUCGGGUUAAGAACUUAAUUCAUUUUGGAGGUCCGUUCUUAACCUGAAACUGUUCUUAACCUGAAGCACCACUUUAGCUAAUGGGGCCUCCUGCUGCUGCCGUGCUGCCGGAGCACGAUUUCUGUUCUCAUCCUGAAGCAAAGUUCUUAACCUGAGGUACUAUUUCUGGGUUAGCGGAGUCUGUAACCGGAAGCGUAUGUAACCCGAGGUACCACUGUAUUUAAAAUGCAUCUCUGGGUUAUUUGUGGGGCAUAGGAAUUUGUUCAUUUCCCCCUCCAAAAAAAAUAUAGUCCGGCCCCCCACAAGGUCUGAGGGACAGUGGACCGGCCCCCUGCUGAAAAAGUUUGCUGACCCCUAAGCUUAGCAAUUGGCACUGCUAGAUCCUGCAUCUGACCCCCAUCUUUCUCCAUUCGCACUGCAGGCGGCCGUGUGCAGCCACGAAAUAAACUGCCCCCGUGGAUUCUUCUGCGACCACCACUUUGGGCUCUGCCUGCCCUUCAGGCAAGAAGGUGAAUUCUGCCGACGGGAUGCCCACUGCGCCCUGGGACUUAGCUGCAUGUUUGGCAAAUGCCAGGAGACUCUGCCUGGCGGCCAGGAAGGUAAGCCAUGGAGGGGGCGGCCUGUUUUGCAACGCUUCUUUUGCAUCUCGCAACAAAGGUUAGGCCUUUCAAAGUAAGGAGCCUAAAUGUCUAAUUGGAGCUCUAGUAGCUCAGGGAACAGGCGUGUAGUAAAUGUAGUAAAUCAUGUUCUCUCUGGAAUUAGGAGGGGCAGGGCUUUCAGAUGGAAGGACUAGGCUUCCAAGCAGGCUGAAUGAAGACCCAGUAAUUCAUCGAGCUAGAAAUCUGCGCUCUGCUAUGUAAAGUCCGAAAGGACAGGUCUCUGCCCCAAGGAGCUCACAAUUUAAAAUCCAACACAAGGGAAGCAACAGAAAAAAGCAAGGGAAAUCGAGGCACAGGGGUAAACCAUGGAGUGAAUACAUUUUGGGUUAGAAGUAACCAUUGACUGUCACUAUUAUUUAUGCAUCUUUACCUUGUUCUUGAGGGCUUUGGAGGAAAUGGAGGGUUUAAUGUGGGUCCGUCCGUUCCCCCCGCCCUCCCAAAGUUGGACUCCCAUCAACCCUAGACAGCAAGGCCAAUAGUUAGGGAAGCUGGGAGUUGUAGUCCUGUGGCAUUGAUUUAUCCCCCUUUUUUAAAUGCAUAUGUUUUCAGGUACUUUCAUUUUGAAACUAAUUCGGAGGAGGGAGAUUAAUACAUCACAGAUUAGAAAAGUGCGCUAGAUGUCUAAGACGCCUGAGAAACAGUUUCUACACAAAUGCAAUUCUGGUUCUAAACGCAGCAUAAGGGGUCUCUAUAGUAUAGUGUAUUUUAUAGUAUAGUGUAUUUUAUAGUAUAGUAUAGUGUAUUUUAAAAUGGGGUUUCAGAGUUUUUAGGGGUUUUUGAAUGUUUUAUGUAGUUUUUCAAUUUCAUUGUUCUGUAUGGGACAAUGACAAUAAAGAUAUCUAUCUAUCUAUCUAUCUAUCUAUCUAUCUAUCAUCUAUCUAUCUAUCAUCUAUCUAUCUAUCUAUCAUCUAUCUAUCAUCUAUCUAUCAAUCAAUCAAUCAUCUAUCUAUCUAUCAUCUCAGGUUUGCAAAAAAUGUGCUUGAUGCUAAUGAUUAAGGGCGGCUCAGGUUUGCAAAGUAUGCCGGAUUUUCUUUGCUUUGCAAAAUGUGCUAGCUUUCGAGGUCUGUAUCGCCAUCCUCAGAUGCAUUUGGGUUCUCAGUUACUCUCGCUUCCUUGCCCCUUGGAGGUGCCCGCUGCCACCACGAUAAAGAUUGCUCUCCCGACGCCUGCUGUGCCCGCCAACAUGGGGAGAAAGUCUGCAAGAAAAGGCUCCUUUUAGAUGAAGGGUGCUACGUUCCGGAAGGAGGGAUUGCAUUCAGCAUGAACCAGGUGUGUCCUUGCCUAGAAGGACUCGUGUGCAAAAAGAUGUCCCCUAACCGAGAGUAAGUACACUGAUGUGGACUGGAAGGGGAGGGGGAUGACUAGCAACAUAUCGUGAAAUGGCUUCCCCUCCACCCUUAAGCAAAUAAUUGCUUUGCAGAAUGUGGCACGAGAGCUCCUCCCAGAUGGGUGCAUUCUGCAACCGUGCUUUUCGUACCCAUAACAGGGCAUCAUCGAUGGUUGAUUUAUCCCUGCUUUGUUCUGCAAUGUGCCUCCACACACUGUCGCUGUCUGUCGAGCGGGAAGGGUGCAAUAAAAGCGGGACAAAAAUUAACCGAAACAUUUGUGGCAUAAAAAGCUGAUGGGGUUUCAGCGGGGAGUUAAGGGGUAUAUAGAAAAGAAGCAGCGCCAACGCUGCCCCAACACUUUUUCACAGGCGUGAAUGGCAUUGAAAAUAGGAACGUGGGUGUGAUAGCCCUGAAAACAUUGUGAACACAAUAAUAAUAAUAAUAAUAAUAAUAAUAAUAAUAAUAAUAAUAUAUUAUUUAUACCCGGCCCAUCUGGCUGAGUUUCCCCAGCCACUCUGGGCGGCUCCCAAUUGAGUGUUAAAAACAAUACAGCAUUAAAUAUUAAAAACUUCCCUAAACAGGGCUGCCUUCAGAUGUCUUUUAAAGAUAAGGUAGCUGCUUAUUUCCUUCACAUCUGAUGGGAGGGUGUUCCCACAGGAUGAGCGCCACUACCAAGAAGGCCCUCUGUCUGGUUCCCUGUAAUCUCGCAAUGAGGGAACCGCCAGAAGGCCCUUGGCGCUGGACCUCAGUGUCCGGGCUGAAUGAUGGGGGUGGAGACGCUCCUUCAGGUAUACUGGGCCAAGGCUGUUUAGGGCUUUAAAGGUCAGCACCAACACUUUGAAUUGUGUUUGGAAACGUAGCCAAUGCAGAUCUCUCAUGAAAAGGGCAUGUUGGAAUUCUCAGGCUCAUGGCCCUUACCAGACCUGCAGGUUUCCCCACAUGGUCUACCACUCUGGGGGUUUUUUGGGGGGGGGGUCAAGCCCUGCCCUGCACCUGAUGUCAUAUAUGAUGUCAGAGGUAGGGCAGGAGAAGGCACGCAGCACCUCACAGAAAGCAGGGUUUUUGUGACUCUGCUAUUCAGAUUAUUGUUGGCUCUUUCAAAAACCUUUCAAAUGCACUUGCUGAUGAUGAGAUGAGUUGAUUUUCGGCCCUUGCAAAGGCACCAGGCUUUGCAAGUGCUGGCAUCAGCAGCUGAUCAGCGGUUCCUGCAGAGCCCCGAGCCUAGCAAGUGUUGCUGGUGUGCCUUUGUCCACUCUGCACCAUUUGGUUUAAAAGGAAAAUGGGUCACUUGGUGUCAUUAUUAAUGUCAGGGGGUGGAUAGGCUGCCAGCCCCAUCCGCCUGUCAAAGUUGGGCAGUGGGGCAGGGGGAAAUCCCACUGGCCAGAUCCACUUCCCUUCCUCUGCACUAGAUCAUUAGGUGUGCUCGAUGAUGAUGAUGAUGAUGAUGAUGAUGAUGAUUAUUAAUUUUGCUUGAUUGACAAUAUGUAGUAUGCACCUGGCUAGGGUGCUCACUAAACUACAUCUUAAUCACAGAACCUAUUUUAAUCUGAGCCACAGCCAACUCCAGAGGCUAAUGUGCUCUGUCUCCUUUUGCUACCUGACGAAGAAUGCUGUGUGACAUGAAAAUCUGCUUCAACAGUAGACACUCCUAUUUAAAAAAAAUUCUCUCUCUUUCCCUCCCGCAGGGCCUCAUUUGAAUACUGGUCGGAUAAAAUUGUCUGGAGAUGCCAAAAACAAUAGGCAAGCAGGGAGUGUGGAUUAAAAAAACAAAACAGAGCUGUAUUUAUUCCAUGUAAAUAACACUGUACAUAAAAUUGUUUUUGCCUCCCUCUUUCUAUUGGACAUUUGUAAAUAAAAAAUAUCUGAGUUGUCGCCAAGUAAUGCAAGGACCAAGUCAUCAUUCCCUCCCGCAC